AUGCCUCAGCCGCAAGAUAACGCACGCGCCGUCUUCCUCAUCAUCUUGAUAUUCUGGCUUGCUACUAGUCCAGACUCGAGUCCGGGGCUCAUCGCGGGUCCAUCUAUCAUAAAAAACCGCAUCUCACGUCAGAGACAUGCUCUCGGAGUACUGAAUAGUACACAAUGGGGUGACUUCUCACCGCGGCUUCCCGACGAUCCGCCCGAGACCGAAACCAAGUACUUGAACCUAACGGGAUUUCGAGAGGAGGAUGGCUAUGUGUGGGAGGAUCUCCAGCGUUUCAAGAAUCGGUGCGAGGAGUGGAGUACAAAUGCCGUGGGAAUUCCGGAGGUAGCACAGCCAGUAUGGCAAAAUGCGACGGGAGUGGUACACGGCUGGUGGCAGAGGGUGAAUACAUCUUCGCCGAGAUAUCAUUCAAGCUAUAACCUCAGUCAGAUCAGCCCAGAUGUUACAUGGGCGGCAUCAAACUCUGACUGGAGCAGAAAUGCAACUGGUACAGAGGGGAAAAUAAUGAUGCGUAUCGAGGACAACGAAGAUGAUGCGACGGAACCUGCGGAAAUAGACAAGACAUCACUUAAGAAAACAGAGGUUAAGGCCCGGGAAGUCUCGGCAACGGCUAAUAUCGAUGAUGUUGAAGGUACCGGGAGUAGCUGGGAGAUGCGACUUCAUGGUGUUCACUGGCCACAUCAGGGCGCUAUACUUCUUACUACGACGAGCGAAAAGUUCGCCGGUAUUUUCGGAUUGCCUCAUCUUACCACCCGGUCCGAUUUCUUUGAAUCUAGCCAAGCGCUCCUAAACAGAACCCUAGAUGCAGCCCUCAGGAGAAAGGAGCAGCAUACCUUUACUGAGCAAAUAGAUCCCUGGACGUCCAAUUUAGAGCCCGGUGAAACUUGGAAUCCAUCUCCGCACUGCGAAUACCUAAUUUAUAUUCAAAUCCAUCCUCUAGAUCAGAACAUAUUACGAGUACAACCAAGUCUCACAGGCCCUGAAAAUGUAGCUAAGGCCAUUCAAGAUAUCGAAAAUGAGCUUCGUUUCCCUCAGGGCACGGGGCACCGGCGAAUACCGCGGCUUCAGAUGUCGGCUGUUGUAUAUUCUCCUGAUUGUGCCUUUUUCCUCGAAACAAAAGGCCCUCCAGCAUAUGCGCCGGCCGAUGGAAACCACAUGGUCGGCGUAAAGCAAGAAAUCUUUCUCCACAGCGUCAGCACAUUUCUUCUAAGUCUUGCGUUGAUUGUAUUCGGCCAACUACAACUGCUCAAGAUGCAAAUGAGGGAGACCUCUACGCCUUCAACGUUAGGUCGUGUUAGCUUCUACACUGGCUGCAUGAUGUUACUCGCCGAUGGUAUGCUCUUCACCGGGGCAGCUGCGUGGAGUUUCUCAGCAUCGACUACGCUAUUACCCUCACUUGCCAUUACAUGUGUCUCAUUUCUAUCUAUGACUGUUGGGACAUUUUUCCUAGCUGAGAUUCACAAGGUCCAAGAGCCUGAAUGGCGACGACAAGAACGGGAGAGGGAUCGACAGAAUACGCUCAUAAAUGCGGCAAAUGUAGUAAACCCGCCAAAUCCAUCUAGCAACGCUCGUGAGACUACUACCACCACCACCACUACUACUACUACUACAAACACCGCCUCUCAUCCACCAUCUCCGCCAAUUAUCAUCCCUUCGGAUCAAGAUAUUGACGCUGAAAUUGCCGAAGUCACAACCAAUAACACCAACAAUGCCACCCUUCCAGCUCCAGUAACUGCAGGGCCUGCCGCGCCAACUGCCCAGAAUCUUCGGACACAAUUGAGCAAUGUAUUUGGCCGCCUCUUACUCAUUGGGAUUACUAUCCUCUUCCUAAGUCUUGCCGCGGCAAGUUGGCGGCCUAGCAUCCGUGCCGGGUAUUUCAAUAUCGUGCUUUUCAUCUACCUCUCCCUAUGGAUCCCACAGAUCUAUCGCAAUGUGUACCGCAACUGCCGUAGAGCGCUAUCGUGGCGCUUCGUUAUCGGCCAGUCUAUUCUACGCCUCUUACCCAUCGCGUAUUUCUACAUCGUACCAAAUAAUUUCGCUUUCGCGGAGCCCGACUGGACUGCUUUCAUCACGCUCGCCGGCUGGCUUUGGAUCCAGAUAUGGAUAUUAGCCGCGCAGUCUGUCCUCGGACCUCGCUUCGGUGUACCCAAAGGCUGGAUGCCGGAGGCUUGGGAGUACCACCCUGUGCUCCGUGAGGAUAAUAUUGAAGCGGGCGGGCUGCCAAUCGGUCUAGUGGCUGCGCCCAAUAGCCCGUUAGAACGGGUAAGGACAGGCGAGGAAGGAACAAGCAAAGAUAAGAAACGCCCAAAUAUACAUGUCAUCGACUGCGCUAUCUGUAGAGAAGUGCUAGAAGUACCGGUUGUAAGAGCAGGAGACGACGAUCCAACGGCAGGAGGUGUGGCAGGUGUGUUUGCUCGUCGCGCGUAUAUGGUAACACCAUGCCGACAUGUCUUCCACAGCGCUUGCCUUGAGGGUUGGAUGCGGUUUAGGCUACAGUGCCCGAUAUGUAGGGAGGAACUACCGCCUUUAUAA